CCUCAUCCACAGCCUCCUCAGGAGCAGCCUCCUCCUGCCUCCCCUGCACCCGGAUCACUGACGUCCUACCAAGAUGUCCUGCCAGCAGAACCAGCAACAGAGCCAGCCCCCUCCCAAGUGCCCCUCACCCAAGUGUCCUCCAAAAAGCCCAAAGCAGUGUCUGCCUCCAGCCUCCUCUGGCUGUGCUCCAGGCCUCGGGGGCUGCAGUGGCCCUGGCUCCGAGGGCAGCUGCUGCCUGAGCCAUCACAGGCGCCGCAGGUCGCACCGAUGCCGGCGCCAGAGCUCCGAGUCCUGUGACAGUGGCAGUGGUCAGCAGCCUGGGGGCUCAGGCUGUGGUGCUGUGUCUGGGGGCUGCUGAUACCUUGGGGAGUGCAGCUGAAGCAAGAAACUUGGAAGAAAACAAAACCAAGGUCCACGCCCAUCCUGCUGUGUUCUCCCCCAGCGCCCUGGUCUCUCUGCCUUUGGCCAGUACUGAGAUGCUCCCCAAGGAAGUUCUGAGUUCUGCUCAGUGGCUCUUCCUGGCUGCUCUCCAGGAGCCCACAGAAUGCCAGGGUACCUGCCGAGGUUUGCAAUAUCUCUCCUGUCUACUGCCAUCACCUGUGCCUAACCCUAUGAAAAAAUAA